GGCGGGGCAGGCGGAGCCGAAGCCACCGGGACGCGGCAAACAGGUCAACGUGGAGGUACCGGGCCACCAUGCUCAGUCUCAAGCUGCCUCAACUCCUUCGAGUCCAUCAGGUUCCCCGGGUGUUUUGGGAAGAAGGCAUCAUGUCUGGCUACCGAUGCCCCACAAGCUCUGCCUUAGACUGUGUCCUCAGCUCCUUCCAGAUGACUAAUGAAACGGUCAACAUCUGGACUCACUUCCUGCCGACCUGGUACUUCCUGUGGCGCCUCCUGGCGCUGGGCAGCCCGGGCUUCCGCGCCGAGCCGUACCACCUUCCGCUGCUGGUCUUCCUACUGCCCGCCUGCCUCUAUCCCUUCGCAUCCUGCUGCGCGCACACCUUUAGCUCCAUGUCGCCCCGUGCUCGUCACAUCUGCUACUUCCUGGACUACGGGGCGCUCAGCCUCUACAGCCUGGGCUGCGCCUUCCCUUAUGCCGCCUACUCCAUGCCGGCCUCCUGGCUGCACAGCCGCCUACACCAGCUCUUCGUGCCCGCUGCAGCGCUCAACUCCUUCCUGUGCACCGGCCUCUCCUGCUACUCGCGGUUCCCAGAGCUAGAAAAGCCGGGGUUCAGCAAGGCUCUCCGCACAGCCGCCUUUGCCUACCCCUUCUUGUUUGACAACCUCCCCCUGUUCUACAGGCUUCGGCUGUGUUGGGGCAGGGCCCACAGCUGUGGGCGGGACGCACUGAACACCAGCCAUGGCUACCACCUCCUCUGCGCUCUGCUCACCGGCUUCCUUUUUGCAGCCCGUCUACCGGAGCGCCUGGCACCUGGGCGCUUCGACUAUAUUGGACACAGCCACCAGCUGUUCCACAUCUGUGCAGUGCUGGGCACCCACUUCCAGCUGGAAGCAGUGCUGGCUGAUAUGGGAUCCCGCAGAGCCUGGCUGGCCGAGCAGGAACCCACCCUGGGCCUGGAGGCCACCGUGGCCACCCUGAGCCUGACAAUGAUCGGGAACCUGCUCAUCAUCUCGGCUUUCACAGCCUUCUUGUUGCGGAUCCCUGGAACCUGCCCGCUGCUGCAGGCUAGCCCACUGGAAGAGGGACUCCAAGCUAAACAACAGUGAGGCCUGCUGGCAUGGAGGGAGGCAGAGGCCAGGCCUCAUUGCUAUGGAGGAGCCUGACAUGGGCCUCAGAAGGUGGCGGCUGUUCUGAUCCUGAAAGGGGUGGCUGAAGAGAAGAGGCUCUCUAGGGACUGGUGGAAGGACAGAUGACCCAAGAGGCAAGUGGUGAAGGCCUGCGAGGGGACACAGGUACCAGGCAGGAGCAGAGUGGGGGAUGUGAGGCCUCUCACUGGGCCUCCGCCCUGCUGCCCUGGAACCUGCCCAUCUCAGAUCACCCUGAGAGCUUGUUCCAUCGGGGCCACAUACCCAGCCUGCCCCAGGGCCAGACUGUGCCACAGGUCGGCAACUCUUGGUCUACAUACGAGAGGGCUGUCCCACUCACUACUGUGACCAGGCCUUUGCUGAUUUGUAUGUUUGCAUGUGUCCCCGGUGAGCUAAUGGUUAUGGUGGGGAUGGCUGUCGGGGAGGCCGGCUGCGGGACUUUAGGAAGCCACCUCUGGUGCUAUCCUUCACAAAGCAGUAUAAUAAAACAGCAGAUGAACUGGA